AUGGAGGCGGGUUUGGAGGGGCUGUCCCGGUGCGGGGCGACGCGGACGGCCGCCGGUUGCCGGAUUGCGGGCAUGGCGGCUCGACACAGAUCAGUGCGGUGGAGGCACGUGAGGGCGUACCGGUGCCGCGCCGCGCCGCAGAUGCUGCCCGGAUCCUUGGCCGGCGCGGGCGUCGACGAGUCGGCUGGAUCGCCGGGCGGGAUGACGGCGAGGAGAG